UUAAUAUUCCUUAAAAUGCCGCUGGUUACAGUUACCCUUACCACUGCUUUAUUCACGCACUCAAGAACUCUCAGCAUCUCAAAUGAGAGUACUCCCAGGCCCACAAAUCUCAAACAAGAAGUUGGGCUUUUAAAGCCCAAAGUUGCCCUGCUAUACAGAAGGAUGGUACUCGUGUGCCUAAGAUAUCCUCACCUCCCCGCCGCCAUUCCUCUUCAUCAGUCAGCCAUUAUUGGCUCGCCACUCAUUGGCAUUUCGGAUCGCUCACCCCACUGGUUGCUGAUUUUGUCUCAGAUCCCUCCUCGCGGCAGCAAUUCCGGCUGCAUCCUGUCGCCGCCGUUCGAUCCUCGACUCCAUCGUCGCUCUGUGGAUUGGCCUCUUGCAGUCAUCUAUAUUACCACAUGGCCGCACUUGGUUGCUACCCAUCUAUUUUAUUGUCUCCCUGGGAUGCUAUGGUCUGUUGAUGGUUGGAAUCGGUCUAAUGACAUUUCCAACUUGCCCUGCAGAAGGACUGUUGCUGCAGAAGGUACUGCUUCCCUUUUACUCUCAUCUGCACUUUCGUGUCAUACAACAAAGGACCCCCUCUUCUCUCUCUCUCCUUUUUCUCUGGAAUGUUCUCCAAGUUUCCAUAUCCAAGGUAUUACUAAGAUUGAAAUGCUCGUCCUUGCUAACCAAAGUGAGCCUAGUUUAGGAUAAUGGGCAUGUACGUGGUACAUUCCUCAAAUAAAUCCAACGAGUAAUUAAUAAUCCUGUUAUACAGAAAAAGGUAGCUAUCAUGCCCUGGUUUUCCUUGAAAUCGGAGGUUUAAAUCACUUUUCAGUACCCAAACUAAUUAGCCCAUCUCUCCCUCUGCCUGGAAUGCUUAGACAAAUGUCUCACCUUGAGUUUUUUUUUGUAGGACGUUGAUGAGGCCAAAGAGUAUCUUAAGAAAAAAGGGGUUGACAUAAAUUCUAAUUAACAGACUUUUCAAUCCUUUUGUCUUCUCUCCUCUUGAUCAGAUUUUUGUUUCUUUGAUUACGGUGAAGAACACUUGAUCCAUCGCAAAGAGGCCUUUUUUUAUCUGAAUCCUUGUGAAAGGCAGUGAAUAUCAUGUAUAGAACAGGUUCAGAUAAUUCUGUCAGUUGGUAACGUAAUCUUUCAUUUUUAAAUAGGGGUAGCAAAACUCAGACUUCUAUUUGUUUCUGCUUCUUUAUACGUUUCUUAUACGAAUAUAGUUGAUAUUUUUAGUUGAUUUUCUAA